CUAAAAGAUAUUAUAAUCGCUAUCGUCGAGUGCUUCGUUUGCUGACAGCUUCGAGAAGACUCUAGGUUUCACCAACCAUUUCACUCUUGGCCUGCUGCCUUGCACCUUCCACCUUUCACCUUUCCCAUUGAUCAUUCUCCAACAUUCGAAACACGCCAUCGGUUCGAAUCGCUGUGUUCCACUUCCGGACAACUGCGCCCAUCUGUGAAUAACUGAGUUCGAUCCUCUAACUUCUGUGUCAUCUCCUCUCAAGCUUCCCGACUUUCAACGUCCUCCGUCUCUUGAUCUUCCAACAUGGAGACCAAUCCGAAAAUGAAGACGUGGACAAUGCUUGAGAACAACCCUGAAGUGAUGAACCAGCUAGCAAAAACACUUGGUCUCUCUUCUGACCUCCGAUUCUAUGACGUCUACUCACUGGAUGAACCCCAACUACUCGCACACAUCUCUCGACCUGUCCUGGCCCUACUGGUCACCAUACCACUCACACCAGCUUGGGCACAAGACCGUAAGAAUGAAGACGCCGACAAACAACCAUACGCUGAUUUUGGCCCCGACGAGCCGGUCAUCUGGUUCAAACAGACCAUUGGAAACGCUUGUGGCUCUAUCGGUCUACUAGUCAGCUUGAUCAAUGGCCCCGCUUCCGACUUCAUCAAGCCCGGCUCCGACCUUGACAUCAUACGAAAAGAUGCCAUACCGCUGAACAUGACCAAACGCGCCGAAAUGCUAUACAACAGCGAGCCAUUCGAAAAGGCUCACAAAUCAGUCGAGCGAGAUGGUGACAGCUAUGUGAUCUCUGCAGACGGAAACAGUGGUAAUCACUUUGUCAGUUUUGUCAAGAGCGGAGGGAAGCUUUGGGAACUUGAGGGUGACAGGAAGGGUCCUUUGGACAGAGGAAGUCUUGCUGAUGAUGAAGAUGUGCUCAGUCCACGUGCGCUAGAGAUGGGCUUGAAGAGGAUCAUCAAGUUGAAUGCGCAGGGCGGAGAAGAGAGCUUAAGGUUCAGUUGCAUCGCUUUGGCUCGCAAGUCUUAGACACCGGCUGGGCUCAAUGUCACACACAUCACGGACAUGUUACGCGAUCACGAAAAGGGAUGAAGGGGCCAAAAUCAGGCAUAGCAAGAGGAUAGCAGCACAACCAUUGCCCAACAAUGUAUCCAAGAACC